UAGAUUGCUUCCUAUAUAAUAAUACUCAUACUUUUGUAUUAAUAUAAUAAGAACUAAACAGUUCGUUUACAGUCGCAAGGCAUGAUUUUCGCGCGUUCACGAUGACCUCCGACAUGGAAAGUGAUAAUAGCUGGCGCGGCGUUCCUUUAACCGAAAUCUGGGGGUCGCAGUCGCCGUGGGGAGCCCCAGAGUUCCCUUUAGUGGCUCCUGCGUUCAACCAUACGGUGUUGUAUCAUAUUCCGAGCAGCGGUUGCGUGCCGGGCGACCGCCCGCCGAAACCGCAGAAUGGGCAAGACAACUGGGACCAUGACUUUGUCAGGAUGCCGUGCUCUAAUCAGAGCUUAUAUCCAGUUGAAGACAGUUCAGGCGAAACACACUUAAAAAAGCGAUGGGGCUUAAUCCAGAGUGCCCUGUGGAAGCCGAUCCGGAAUAGCCAGGAGCUGGCGGCAGCCAUCUUGAGUUACAACACGCAGUUCAAAAACUGUUGGAAGUUCAGAGCACUACAUAAGCUCUUCAAUGAGUAUUUAGAAGAAGAGGAGUCCCAGUACUUCUUUGAUGUGACAUUGCCAGAGAUAGCUAAACUUGCCCUGGACUUGCCUAGGUUAAUUCAAUCACCAAUACCAUUACUCAAACAGCACAGAAACCGGUCAAUAUCCCUGUCGCAGCAGCAGAUAUCGAGUUUGCUGGCGAACGCGUUCUUCUCUACGUUUCCGCGACGGAACAGCACCAAGAAGAGCUCUGAAUACGCCUCUUUUCCGCACAUUAACUUUAAUACACUUUAUGAAUCAUCAGGAUCAGAUUCAGUCUUGGAGAAGCUCAAGUGUCUUUGUCACUACUUUAGAAGAGUCUGUACUAAAGCCCCGCGCGGCGCCGUGACGUUCUCGCGCCGCUCCGCGCCGCCGCGCCGCUGCCCCGCCUGGCCGCAGUCGCCCGCGUCGCUGGCCGCUGUUCCUCUACAUGUAGCUGCCAGUGGCACCAUUGAAGAUUCUGAUGGUUUGAUACAGCUGGACUUUGCGAACAAAUACCUCGGCGGCGGCGUACUAGGGCACGGCUGUGUGCAGGAGGAGAUCCGCUUCGUGAUCUGUCCGGAGCUGAUGGUGUCCAUGCUGUUCACCGAAGUCUUACGGCCGAAUGAAGCGCUCAUGAUCAUAGGUUGCGAACGCUACAGCAAGUAUACCGGAUACGGUUCCAGUUUCCAAUGGGCGGGGGACCAUAGUGACGCCACUCCACUGGACUCGUCUCUCAGGAGGCGCGUGAGCGUGCUGGCAGUGGACGCGCUGCCUUACGCCGGCGCGGCGCAGCAGUACCGCCCGCCGGCCGUGCUCAGGGAGCUCAACAAGGCCUGGGUGGGCUUCACGUUUUACUCAGAAGAGCCGCCAACAAGUACGCAGUACCCCGGCGUAGCCACCGGCAACUGGGGCUGUGGCGCCUUCGGGGGCACUCCGCAGCUGAAGACUCUCAUACAGCUGAUGGUGUGCGCGGAGGCGCGGCGGCCGAUGGCGUACUACACGUUCAACGACGCGGCCAUUCGGGACGAGUUCGUCAACAUUUACAACUUGCUGGCCAGAUAUAAUGUCACUGUUGGCCAACUAUACCAGUUGAUCGCGCGGUUCUGCACAACAGACGUCCGCAAGAACAACCUGCACGCCUUCAUACAAAACGCGCUCAAAAACGGACAACUACCGACCUGCUCACCUGACACGGGACCUGAACAGACUAGGCUGGACGCGGGCUCCGCGCUCAGUGAGACGAGGCUGGCAACCCCGGUGACGAGGCAAGCGGAGGAGAAAAUGGAUAUUAGUGACGCAUUGGACGUGAACGAAAUCGAACUCUCCGAAUCAUUACAAAAAGAGCUUCUCAAACAAUCGCCAGACAUGUUCCAAGACGACACAGACUCCCAAGAAACACAGUCUAACAGCGAAGUGUCAAAAUCAACCACGGAGGGUAACAAAAUGGCGUCCAGUUCGCACAAAAUGGCUGCCAGUAAUAGUAAAAGUCUGACUACAGAUUUGUUUGAAGAAAUGAAUAAGCUUGACCAGUCCAAUGGUAAACUAAAUUUAUCAACAACACACACUAACAUAUUGGACGACUCUAAAAAUGUAAAUGAUGAUAUGGAUCCGAGUGAAAAAUCGGAGCAAAUAAAGUUGGAUCCCAGUUCUGAAUUGAAGAAGAAGAUGGCUAAGAAAAUAACGGAUUAUUUCAGUAAAAAAUCUAUUUGAUGUAUAUACUGUUUGGUCACUUUAUAGUGCGUUCUGAUACUUACUUACAUUGUAUUCCAAAGUUGGCCUUGUUAACUUUAAAGUUAUAGGCUUAUAGCUGACAUUGAUAGACUACCAGGACAAUUAAUAAUCGGUACCUUGUUAUCUGUAUUUUACAAUAUACUUAGAUUACGUUAGAUAAAGUGCUGUAAAAAUCCUUAUGCUGCUGCCUUAGAUUGUGAGCUGCCCUCUACAGCAUAUGUAAAAUGUAAAUAUUUAUUUUUAUCAUACUUUUUUAUUCAAUGUCUAAGUUAUUCCAGAUUGCAAAAAUGUAUUUUUAAAAGUCACACAUGAUACUAUUUUACUGUAAACCAUUAACUGCAAGCAAAUCAUUGAAAGACAAAGGUAGGACUUUAUAUGCCCCUAGAUUACAUAUAACUGUCUACAACUAUGCUGUGAACUGGCAUUUUUCUACAUGUGAAAUAUUUUUGUAUGUAUGACUAAUAGUGAUCUUAGAUCAACUUUUUGUAUAAAGCAAUAAGUACUAUGUAUUUAUGUCUUAUUUAGACUAUGAACUUGGGAAUAAAACACUGUUUUAUCAA